CAGUUGUUGGUUGUGGUUGAUGGUUGUUCAGCUGCAUCUUUUAGCUUCACUGUAAUAAUAUUAACCGUCAGGUAGAAGCUGGCAAUGACAUCUCUCACUUCGAGGGGAACAAGAGUUAAUAAAGUGGUGUUAAUUCGCUGCCGUGUGGGAUCAAAUUGAGCAGAGAGAGAGAGAGAGGGAACGUUUGUUUGGUUACCACCGUUACCGACCGACCGACGGUACCGAGGAGGAGCAGCAACAGCAACACGUUAACACCGAAAUGGCGACCCCCUAUAUCCAAGAUGAUUCUGGGAAAUACAUCGCUUCCACUCAGCGACCUGAUGGAACGUGGAGGAAGCCGCGGCGGGUGAAGGAUGGUUAUACCCCGCAGGAAGAAGUACCAGUCUAUGAAAACAAGUAUGUGAAGUUUUUCAAGAGCAAACCAGACCUGCCACCUGGAAUGAACCCGUCCGAAGAAGGUCAGACAAAGCAGCAGCAGCAAAAGAUCCCGGGUAGCGGGGACAGCGAGACAGCCGGUCUCUCAAAGGCUGCCAAACGCAACAUGAAACGUAAAGAAAAACGAAAACAGCAGCAGCACGGGGACGGGGACGGAGACGCGGACGUGGACUCGGUGACCGACGCUGUCGAGAACGUGUCCAUUUCGGAGAGCGGCGAGUCUUCAAACAAGACGGCGGCGCCGGUUUCAGUCUCCUCUCCCGAUGAUUCCUCAGCAGAAAAGGCCAAGAAGAUCAAAAACCUGAAAAAGAAGCUGCGGCAAGUUGAGGAAUUGAAGCAGAAAGUGGACUCGGGGGAAAUAACAGAGCCAACAAAGGAUCAGUUGGAAAAGCUGGGUCGGGUUGCGGCCCUACGGGAUGAGUUACAGCAGCUUGAGCGUGAUUCUUGAAGCAAUAAAGGAAAGCGGAAGAAUCGGACAGACUAAACACACAAACUACAUACUGAAAGACAGGGAAGGGACCUUUGCAGCUUUGUGAUCAUGGCUUCCAUUAAACAUAUUCUACCUAUUUGAUAUUCAUCAUGAGCUCUGGUUUGAACACAGUCCCGGCGCCUUUCAAGCAGAGAACGACAGGAUGUCCAUGUAGCAUCACACCUUCAGAACUGACCGGCCUGUUCUCCAGAUAACAAUAUGACUCCUGCUCAUACACUUGUAUCGGCCAGGCCUCUCAUUUUUAAAUAUCUUUUAAAGACAUCAUUGUGAAUUGUUUUUUGUGCGUGUCUGUCCUUUCCAUUUUGUACCUUUCAUAGCAUCAGGUAUUACUUACACGUACAAUAUUUUCUGUUUAAGAGAAUAUAGUUUGUUGACUUGUCUGCUCUUAAGAAUGAACAUUUCUUUGUAAACGAUUGAAUGGGCCUCUUGUAGUCGCACUGAUGUUGAGCCACUGUUUAUACAGUCAUUACAUUAAUUAAAACUACAUGCUGCGUAAAAUGUUUCUCAUAUUACUUUUUAGUGGUAGAGUGAACAAGUAUUCUGAACUGAAUUACUGGGAUGUUAUUUUGGAAAACAAAUCUAUAUUUUGGUGUCAUUGGAUAUUUUGAAAAAACACUUAAAGGAUAAGGCUGGUGAUAUUGUAUAUUUUCCUGUUGUCAACAAAUCUCAUAAAAAGACUAAAAACAA